AACUCAUCGACAUCAUCAAUCAACACAAGACUUGUCAAGAAACCACAAAACAAGAACUCUUACGGAGAGAAAAACAAAACAAUGAAAAUGUUGAGCCAAAGAUUAUCGUUUCUAAUCGUCAUGAUCUUCAUAUUGUCCGGUCUCGGUUUCUCUUCUGCCGGCCGUAAGUUCCCUAGUAUGACUACGAUCGAGGAGUUCCAACGAUUGAGUUUUGAAGACAAAAGAAAGUUAUCGGAGGUGAGCGCCGCCGAGAGGAAGAAGUAUGAUCGGAUCUACGGAGCUUCGGCCAGAUUAGUUCCCAAAGGUCCCAACCCGCUUCACAACAAAUGAUAUUAUACUUUCUAGUUUCUAUAUUUAUUGUAGUUACAUUUUUUUUUGUCACCAUCAUACUAUAUUAAAUUUGUUUUAUUUAGAUUUGUUUCCCUCUUGUGUCAACAAUUUUUUUUUUUUUUUGGUUCUUUAGUUUCUUGUGUGUUGUAGAUGUACAAAUGUAUGUAUCAUAGAUAUACGUAAUAUAGACUUUUUGUAACGUUUUUUUCUUCUUUCAUAUUUACAUUUAUGUAUACGAUGUUGUUGAAAAUAUGUAUCAAAUGAUUCUCUUGUUAUAUUGAUUUGAAUGGAAA